UGGAUCGAAAAUAUCUAGCAAGGUAGCUUAUGAUGGAUGGUGCAUCGUAUAAUGCUGCAAUUAAUGGCGACCACAAUCUGUUUCGUAAUGUGGACAACAUCAGAUCUCGUGGCCAAAACAACACUAUUCUUCAUAUAGUAGCUAAAUCUGGGAAGCUACGGCAACUUAAUACAAGAGAAGAUCAUCUGCUGCGUUUUCUUUAUGAGCAAAACAACAAAGGAAACACCCCACUUCACAUUGCAGCAAAAUUAGGGCAUCUGGAAACGGUAAGAAUUCUAGUGGAAAUGGCAAGAAAGUCAGAUGUUGAGCAAAACAAGAAGCUGCUGACCAUGGAGAAUAAUGAGAAAGAUACAGCGCUCCAUGAAGCUGUUUGCCAUAAUCACUUGGAGGUUGUCAAGUUGCUAAUUGAAAAAGACCAGGAUUUGGUGUCCCUAGUGAACAGCGCUGGCGAAUCUGCUCUUUUCAUGGCGGUGGAUAGAUGUUUUUUUCACAUUGCCCUGCAUAUCUUGGACAACUAUCCAAACAAUUGCUCUUAUCAGGGAAGGAACGGCAUGAAUGUCUUACAUGUAGCCGUCAUUCGCUCUCAAACACGUAGUUCAACUCUUACGAUUUGGGAAGGUCUUACACUAAUCUUUGUAAAACCUUCACAACUUUCACAUUUACUCCAAGCCUACCAUAAAAUCGGAAGUCCAAAAACAGACGAAGACCCUGGCUCCGACCCUCCCUAUGUAAAAUUUAUAAAAAAGGUGAUGGAAAAACGACAGAUUUUAGCACCGGAAAAAAGACAGAUUUUAGCACCAGGAAAAGCUGAUGAUUUAGGGUGGAUUCCUCUUCACUAUGCGGCACACUUAGGCAAGACGGAACUUGUUGAACUAUUUCUAACGGAAUAUGAUGAGUCCCUUGCUUAUGCAAGGAACAAAGAAGGAAUGUCUGCUCUUCACAUUUCAGCAAAGAAAGGACAUGUUGAAGUAAUUAGAAAACUGAUUGAAAGAUGUCGAGAAAUUUGUGAGUUGUUGGAUGAUAAAAAUCAGACAGCUCUUCAUGUUGCUGUGGAAAGUGGAGAGAAGAGUGUGGUGAAAGUUUUACUGGAAUCGUUAGCAUUUCAUGAUCUUGUAAAUGAGAAAGAUAAUGAAGGAAAUACAGCUUUGCAUCUAGCCUCUACUCAACGACAUUUCGAUAUUUUAGCAAUGCUGGCAAAUGACUCAAAAACUGACAAAGGGGCUACAAAUAAAGAUGGAAUGACAUUCAUAGACAUUAUCCUAUCAAACAAGGAACUAAAAAACAUCGACCUGUGGGAAAUUGUGUUGAAGUUUCAGAAAGAGAUCAUAGGAAUACCAAGUUUGGAACAGAAGUCCAUAAGAAAAUCUAAAGAAGCAGAGAGUUGUGAGAAGCCAACGCAUAAUGAUGGUCGACUACAAAAUAUCGAAGAGAAAGAAGAGAGACUAACGCAUAAUUAUGGUCGACCACAAAAACUCAAAGAGAAAGAAGAGAAACAACAUGAAGUAUCAGAAGAAAUCACGAAAGAUGUCGACAGCUUUACCACAUUGGUAGCCACUCUCAUUGCUACUGUCACCUUCACAGCUGGCCUCGCAAUUCCUGGUGGAUACAAUGACAAAGGCUUAGCAGUUUCACUGCAGCGAAGAGAACUUUUCAAACUUUUUCUGUUUUUCGAUGUAGCAGCUUUUGUUUCCUCAUUUGCCAUUAUGCUCAUCCGCUUUUUAUCCCCAUUGUCUCGAAAACUCGUAAGCUCUUUUCACAUGAUAGAGUGGGUGCUAAUCCUAACAGACAUUUCACUUUUUACAAUGUUUGGUGCUUUUGUCUGUGGCAUAGGACUAGUAGUACCUGAGAAAUCAAACAUUGCUGAUGUCGUCGAGGUUUGUCAAGUUUCGUUUAUUGGCUUUAUUUUUUUCUUUUAUUUUUCUCCAAUCCUCGCAAUUGGCUCCUUAAAUAAAAAAGAUGUUAGACAUGGUUUUGGAUUCUGGAGAUGAUAAGCAGCAGUAUGUUGACUCUCCUGGCCGGUCUGUGUUUCUAAUUAAUUUAGUGUUUUUUUCCUUCUUCUAAAAGAACUCCAUAUGUAUUAUUAAUUAAUGCAUUGCACUUUUUUCUCUA